GAUGACGUUUGGCGUCGCGACGUUGGCGUCGCGACAAUCCUUUACGGCGAGAGGCCAUCAAGAAGCGUCCUUUUCGAUCAUCCAUUCCUUCGCGGCGCGUUAAAACUGCGGGGCAACCGUGAACCGACGCUAUUUCUGCCAUCGUCCGACAUCACAGGACAUUGCAGAGCAGGAGAGGACAGCCACACAGUCCACGGCAUGCAGCGCCCCUAGCGUCGAUCUCCCGCACUGAAACUCCACGAGAAUAGCCAGGCCAGAACAGAGAACGGCUCGGUGCGGGGCGAAGUGCGAGACUCCGAGUUGAGUUUGAGCAGUUUGAGUGCGUGCAGUGCUUGGGUGCGAUAAGGGCGCUACAGCUGCAGAUUAGCCGUUUCCGGAGACCCAUGUCAACCUGACAUCCACCUGGGGCGACCGCUACCUUGGGCCUGCCACAGAAAUCCCAGAAGACCAAGAUCACUUCACUCCACUCGGUCGGCCAUGCGCUGUGGCGAACUUAAAAUGCUAUAUUCCUAACUUCUAUGGAGCAUCAGUUCAUUGAUCUUGCAUCAGAAUAUGGCUACGAUAGACGGCCGUCCCGCACAAUAUGGAAUUUCCCUGAAACAGCUACGUGACCUUAUGGAACAUAGGGGACCCGAUGGAAUAGCCAAAAUAAAUGAAUUAGGGGGAACACAAGAAAUAUGUAAAAAAUUAUAUACAUCGCCUAGUGAAGGACUUAGUGGAUCACAAGUAGACCUCGAACAUAGAAGAGAAACAUUUGGAUCAAAUUCAAUUCCGCCAAAGCCACCAAAAACAUUUGCGCAAUUAGUAUGGGAAGCUUUACAGGACAUAACCCUUAUUAUUCUAGAAGUAGCAGCCAUAGUGUCUUUGUUGCUUUCCUUUUAUCAACCCCCUGCGGAAGAAACAGUAUUUGACGAUGACGAAACGAGUCAUGGGUGGAUAGAAGGUCUAGCUAUUUUAAUUUCAGUUAUAGUAGUAGUAUUUGUAACAGCCUUUAAUGAUUAUACGAAAGAAAGACAAUUUAGAGGGUUACAGAAUCGAAUAGAAGGAGAACAUAAAUUUUCCGUGAUUAGACAAGGAGAACUUAAACAAAUCUCUGUCAGUGAUAUAGUUGUAGGUGAUAUUUGCCAAAUCAAAUAUGGUGAUCUUUUACCAGCUGACGGCGUUCUCAUACAGUCAAAUGACUUGAAAAUAGACGAGUCGUCUUUGACAGGUGAGUCCGACCACGUGAAGAAGGGCGAGCUGUUCGACCCGAUGGUGCUGUCCGGCACUCACGUGAUGGAGGGCUCCGGCAAAAUGCUCGUCGCGGCCGUCGGCGUCAACUCGCAGGCCGGCAUCAUCUUCACCCUGCUGGGCGCCGCGGUCGACCAGCAGGAGCAGGAGAUCAAGAAGAUGAAGAAAGAAGCUAAAAAGCAGCGGAAGAAGAAAAGUUUAACAGAUGAAGAAAAUGUAACCGGCAACAGUCACAUGAACUCACCUGCCCCAGUAGCUAACAAGCACGAGCAGCAAGAUGGCAAAGAAAAUCAUGUGCAUGUGGAGAAGCCAGCAUCGGAAAGUCACAAGAAGGAAAAAUCCGUUCUACAAGCCAAACUCACGAAACUGGCUAUUCAGAUCGGUUAUGCCGGUUCGACGAUAGCUGUUCUGACCGUUGUCAUUCUGGUCAUACAGUUCUGUAUCAGUAAGUUCGUAAUUGAACAUCAAGAAUGGAGGAACUCUUAUGCCAACGAAAUGGUACGUCACCUCAUUAUCGGUGUAACGGUACUUGUCGUUGCUGUGCCUGAAGGAUUACCCUUAGCUGUUACUCUAUCUUUAGCUUAUAGUGUUAAGAAAAUGAUGAAAGACAACAACUUGGUUAGGCAUUUGGAUGCCUGUGAAACUAUGGGUAAUGCAACGGCAAUCUGUUCAGACAAAACGGGUACUCUAACAACAAAUCGUAUGACAGUUGUUCAAUCUUACAUUUGCGAACAACUUUGUAAAACCAUGCCUAGAUUUUCAGACAUACCAGCACAUGUCGGCAACCUCAUCCUUCAAGGAAUUGCUGUGAAUUGUGCAUACACGUCACGAAUCAUGCCACCGGAUGAUGGUGGAGAACUAAUGAAACAAGUUGGUAACAAAACAGAGUGCGCUCUGCUGGGCUUUGUUGCCGGUCUCGGAAAGAGCUUUCAGACGAUAAGAGACGACAUUCCUGAGGAAGUCUUCACCCGCGUCUAUACUUUCAAUUCGGUGAGGAAAUCCAUGAGUACCGUCAUACCCAGACAGGAGGGCGGGUACAGGUUAUUCACGAAAGGAGCCUCCGAAAUCAUAUUGGGCAAGUGUUCCUUCAUCUACGGCCACGAUGGCCGUUUGGAGCCCUUCACUGCUGACAUGCAGCAACGGCUGCUUAAGCAGGUCAUCGAACCCAUGGCUUCUGACGCUCUCAGAACCAUCUGUAUCGCUUACAGGGAUUUCGUGCCCGGUAAAGCGGAAAUAAACCAGGUCCAUAUAGAUAACGAUCCGAAAUGGGACGAAGAAGAGAACAUCGUAUGCAACUUGACUUGUCUGUGCGUGGUUGGUAUCGAGGAUCCAGUCAGACCCGAAGUACCUGACGCUAUCAGGAAAUGUCAGAAGGCUGGCAUCACCGUGAGAAUGGUGACUGGUGAUAACCUGGACACGGCCAGAUCGAUAGCUACGAAGUGCGGUAUCGUCAAACCUAAUGAGGACUUCUUAAUCUUAGAAGGCAAAGACUUCAACACCAGGAUAAGAGAUAGUAAUGGAGAUGUCCAACAACACCUUCUCGACAAAGUCUGGCCUAGAUUACGCGUACUUGCCAGAUCAUCCCCAACUGACAAGUUCACCCUUGUAAAAGGAAUAAUCGACAGUAAAAUAAGUGACAACAGGGAAGUUGUUGCUGUAACUGGUGAUGGUACAAACGAUGGUCCUGCAUUGAAGAAAGCUGACGUUGGUUUUGCAAUGGGUAUUGCUGGUACCGACGUAGCGAAAGAAGCUUCUGAUAUUAUUUUGACUGAUGACAAUUUCAGUAGUAUUGUAAAGGCUGUUAUGUGGGGUAGAAAUGUUUAUGACAGUAUAGCUAAAUUUUUACAGUUCCAGCUUACUGUCAAUGUUGUUGCUGUUAUUGUAGCUUUUAUUGGUGCUUGUGCUGUCCAAGACAGUCCACUAAAGGCCGUACAAAUGUUAUGGGUAAACUUGAUUAUGGACACAUUAGCUUCCCUUGCUUUGGCUACAGAAAUGCCGACUGGAGAUUUGCUUCUCAGGAAACCCUAUGGCAGAACAAAACCCCUAAUCUCCAAGACAAUGAUGAAGAACAUCUUGGGGCAAGCAGUCUACCAGUUGACUGUUAUCUUUGCAUUACUUUUCGUUGGUGACCGAUUCCUCGAUAUUGAAUCUGGAAGAGGAAUAGCCGGCCAUGGACCAUCUCAGCACUUCACCGUUAUAUUCAAUUCCUUCGUUAUGAUGACAUUGUUCAACGAGUUCAAUGCGAGGAAGAUCCACGGUCAACGUAACGUCUUCCAAGGAAUCUUCACUAAUCCUAUCUUCUAUUCGAUCUGGGUCGGAACAUGUGUAUCACAGGUUUUGAUCAUCCAGUACGGCAAGAUGGCGUUCUCCACGAAGAGUUUGACCUUGGAGCAGUGGCUGUGGUGUCUCUUCUUUGGCAUGGGAACCCUCGUCUGGGGACAGCUCGUCACCACACUACCAACGAGGAAAAUGCCGAAGAUCCUUUCGUGGGGUCGGGGUCAUCCUGAUGAGACCACUAUCAACAUCGGGGACGAGGGGCUCGACCUCGAUUCUGACAAGAAACCGCGCGCAGGUCAGAUUCUGUGGAUCAGGGGCCUGACCAGAUUGCAAACGCAGGUGAUAGGUGGUGAAUUACAAGAACGUUUGAUUCCAGUUCCAUACAGCAAGAGUUCGACUGAUCAAGCUAUCCGAGUAGUUAACGCUUUCCGACAGGGCCUAGACGCUCGAUAUGGCGAACACAGCAACACCUCCUUAGCAGAGGUACUCCGCAAACAGACAUCCCUUUCUUCUAAAAGGUUGUCGCAAACUUCUUCUAUCGAAUAUGCCGAUAACAUCCAAGACGAAUUGACGAUACCGGAGAUAGAUGUAGAGCGAUUGUCCUCCCACAGCCAUACAGAGACAGCGGUUUAG